AUCCAAAAAUCAACCCAAGAAGAUUUGGAGAGAUUGUGAUAUCAUAUCUGGUCGGAUCUUCUUUCUCACCUGUCAAUAUCUUCACACAAACCAUCCUCAAUGGCCCUUGAUAUAAACUCACAUUCACACCCCACAAAUCAUCAUCAUCAUUAUCAUUUCUUUAUAUCUCUCUUGAAAAUAGUUUCUUGUUAUCUAAGUUUACACAUUCUUGAAUGGAGUCUGUAGCUACUGAUAUUCAGUUCCAUGUGUUGGCUGUUGAUGACAGCAUUCUUGAUAGGAAGUUGAUUGAAAGGCUUCUCAAAACAUCUUCUUAUCAUGUCACUGCUGUGGAUUCUGGAAUAAAAGCUCUGGAGUUUCUAGGGUUGCAGGGUGAUGAGCAUUUGAAUAAAGAUUUGCCAUCGGUUACUUUGAAUCACUACCAUCAAGUGGAGGUGAAUUUGAUUAUCACUGAUUAUUGUAUGCCUGGAAUGACUGGUUAUGAUCUUCUAAGAAAGAUCAAGGAAUCUACUUCACUGAAAGACAUACCAGUCGUGAUCAUGUCCUCGGAGAAUGAACCUUCAAGAAUUAAUAGAUGCUUGGAAGAAGGAGCUGAGGAGUUCUUCCUUAAGCCAGUUCAGUUGUCGGAUGUUAAUAAACUCAAACCCCAUCUAUUGAGGAAGAAAACUGAAGAAGUACAUCUCGCUGAUCACAAGAGAAAGAGCGAUGAAGUCUGUGUUUCCCCUGACAGAAGAAGAACAAAAUACGACGAGCCUGAAUUAUUGGCUAAAGAUGAACAACAAACUUCAUGAUGAAAGGAUUUCGGUUUCUUUACUUCCUAUAUUAAGCAAAUCUGAACAGACAGGCUAAAUAGAUUAGAUUCAGUAAAAGAGGGAGGCCAUUGUAAUUUAACCAGAUGACAGAAGUAGAAAGCAAUUUAUAUCAGUUUUUCUGAACUCGAAUGCACAAUGAAUUUUGCGUUUUGUGAUA